GCCUUCUCCCUCCCCAGAGUCCCAGGCGCACGCCAAAACCCACCGCUAACUCCCUCCCCGCCCGCACCCUCCCUGAUCCGAUCCCUUCCUCCAGAGCCCCACCCGAAUUCCGCCUCCGCCGCGAUCCGCUCCUCCUGCGGUCGAAUUCCCUGUGAUUUUUUUUCCUCUUUUGUGCGCGCGCGCGCGCGUUUUUCUGGGUGCGAUUGGUCCGGUGAUCCGUGUGCUAGGGUUCGGGAGUCGCCGGGGCGGGGGUUGGAUUGGACCGGUAGGCGGUAGGGAGGGUUUGCCCUUGUGGUUUCAGGGUUAGGUUUUCACCCGCCGCAUGUGGAGAAUCGGAGGACCUGGGAGAGGUUAGGGUUAGGGUUAUGGGGAGCACGGGGGAGCCCGACCGGAAGCGGCGGCUCAGUAGCUCCGUCGCGCCUGGAGGGGCCCCGGUUUCUCCUGCCAAGCGGCUGGCGGUUGCACCCAGCUCCGAAGAUAAGAAGCUUGAUUUUGCUGUACUCAAAUACAAAAACCAAAAGCUCUCAGAGCAACUAGAAGCCCACAAGUUUGAGUACUGUGCUCUUGAAAGUAAGUUCACUGGUCUUAAAGAGAAGCAGAGGACUCAUAAUGAGACACUUACCUUGGUCAACAGUUCCUGGAAACAACUUGUGGCAGACCUGAAGUCAAGAUCUUUUUGCAAAACUGGAUCUCCUAGUUCCAGAUUUGGUUCAGGACACAUCAAUGUACAAAAGGAUGGUACUCGUGCACCCAUAGAGAGGGACACUAUCAGAGGCCUUUUGGAAUCUGGUGCAACUGAAAGUUCAGGUUGUUUACCUGGUUGCCACUUGGAAACUGAUGCCCCUUCAUUGCAACUAUCAACAGCUAAUGUUCUUGGGGAUAUCUUCUUUCCAUCAAGUGAUCUUUGGCAAGCAAAUAAGGAGUUUGCUUUGGCUGCUCUCACUAAAUUACCAGAAAAUGACUGCAGUAAGCAACUGCAGAGUACAAGUAGCAACCUGUCGUCCAGCCUUAAUAACGUGAUACAAGCAUUACAUGACCUUCAUUUGAAGCACAAGCAGUUAGCAGAGAAUUAUCAAAAUCAAAGAGAUUCCAGUGCCCGAAAAAGAGCUGAGCAUAAACGUCUAAAAGAGGAGUUGGCCAGUACUGCUUCUGAGUUGGAAGAAACCAACCACAAAUUGGCAGCACUUAAAGCCCAGAGAGACAAUACACAAGGAACUCCAUUCCUUUAUCCUACAUUAGGAAACAAAAAUAUGGCUGAAGAUAAGGUCAGAGAUAAACAAAGAGAGUUGCGGGAUCUGGAAGCUACUCACAAGGAAUUAUCGGAAUUGAUUUCGAAGCGUUUGGUGGAAAUUAGGAGAUUACAUGAAGAGAGAAUUGAAAUUUUGAACAAGUUAGCAACUUUUCAGAAUAUGUUGAUGGAUUUCAAGAGCAUUCGUUCUUCAAAAGCUUUUCAGCUUGUUAAUGAUCGACUUCAGAAGUCGCGAGCAGAAUUGGAUCACUACCAAACAUUAUUAGAGAAAUUACAGGUUGAUAAGGAUAAGUUUGUGUGGCAAGAAAGGCAAUUUAAUUUGAAAAUUGAUCUGGCUGAGAUUCCUGAGAGGGUUUCUACAUUUUAUGAGUCUAGGAUUGCUGAUCUCAAGAAGGACAUUCAGAGACUAUGUGAUGAAAAAAAUAUGCUUGUUCUGAAACUUGAAGAGGCUUCAAGAGAACCUGGUCGGAAUCAAGUUAUUGCAAAAUUUAAAGCUCUAGUAUCAUCGAUACCAACGGAAAUGGAAGCGAUGCAGAGUGAAAUGACCAAACACAAGGAAGCUUCCUUGCAGUUGAAUUCUUUGCGAGCAGAAGUCCAUUCACUUUCUAGCAUUCUGUCCAGAAAGGAUCGUGAUAAUGAAGAAGCAUCAUGUAGAUCUGCCCAUGCAGGAUCUGAUAUAACACAACUUCAAUCAGUGAUUUCUGAUCUGAAGCAAACUAAUAAGGAGCUUAAGUUGUUUGUGGAUAUGUAUAAGCGUGAAUCCACCGAUUCCAGGGAGGUAAUGGAAUCCAGAGAUAGGGAAAUCCACGAAUGGGCUCGUGUUCAUGCCCUGAAAUCAUCUCUUGAUGAAAGUAAGCUAGAGCAGCGUGUUAAGGCUGCCAAUGAAGCUGAAGCAAUCUCUCAGCAGAGGCUAGCAACUGCAGAAGCUGAGAUUGCUGAAUCAGGGCAGAAGCUUGGGACUUUUCGAAAGGAUCUAGUCAGUUUAUCCCAUAUGCUGAAGUCUAAACAGGAAGAAUGUGAAGCUUACAGAGUAGAGGUUGAGUCUAUUGGGCAAGCAUAUGAUGACUCACAGGCCCAAAACCAACAAUUGCUACAGCAGAUUAUUGAAAGAGAUGAUGAUAAUACCAAGAUUUUCAUGGAGGGUGUUAAAGCAAAACAGGCACAAGAUGCUUUGCAUUUGGAAACACAUAUGUUGCGCAGAAACUUACAGCAGGAAAGCGCUUUGAUGGAUCUCUACAACCAGAAAAUUGUUUGCUUAGAAGAUCAGCUUAAAGUGUGGUCUGAUCGGGUGGGAAAACUUCAAGAGGAUGGAUGGCAACAAUCUGUUUCAUUGAGUAAUUAUCAGCGAAAGCUGGUUGAUGUGCACAGAGAUGCUCAAAAGCUCAUGCAAUCAUUGGAUGGAAUACAAAGUAAUGUUGGAAGCAGUCGUUUGGAAGUCGCUGAUCUGCUCAUAGAGCUUGAGAAAGAGAGGUUUAGUAAGAAGAGAACGGAGGAUGAUUUGGAGAUUAUGUCGAGGAAAGCUAGUUCUCUUAGAGCCAAGGCACGUGAAUCAGCAGUCCUGGAAAAGCUUCGUCAUGAGGUCAAGGAGUAUAGGGGGAUAUUGAAGUGCGGUAUCUGCCAUGAUAGGCAGAAGGAGGUUGUGAUUACCAAGUGCUACCAUCUCUUCUGCAAUCAGUGCAUACAAAAGUCACUUGGAAAUCGUCAGAGGAGGUGUCCUUCUUGUGGUUUAAGCUUUGGGCCUAAUGAUGUGAAACCAAUCUACAUAUGAGGUUGUAUUUUCAAGCUGGCAUUGCAGGCAUCUAGAUCGAGCUAUUUUGGUGGUCAUUAAUUGGUCAUAUGGCUAGAUGACCAUGCAAUAGUCGGAGAUAUGACAGCUACCAAGCUUGUUCAACCAAACAUAUAAGCAGAGUAGUAGCCUAAUUUGGUUGGCUACAUGGAAUUGCAGGUGUCUGGCGUUCGUGAAUCGUGAUGCUAAUGUUUAUUCCUGCUCCCUUGUAUAGUCUGGGAUUCUCCUGGAGUACCUAAGUAGCUAGAUUAGUCUGACUUUGCUAUAUCCAUUCUGUUCUUUUGGGGAAAAACAUCCAACAAAGGGGGUGGUGCUUCCCGCCAUACUGAAACAUGUACAAUAUAUAGCUUGUAGUUUCAUUGUUGUAGCAGACAAUAAGAAUGUAGGUUUUACUGGUUUUGCAGAUUGUACAUUUUCAGCAAAUUGGCAAUAGCGAAAUUCAGUUGGAUGCAGUUUGUUUGAUCU